AUGGUAGCCUGUAUCCAUGAUAUAUAUUAUGAUGCUAAGACAACCCUAUUAUUAGAUGAUGCUAUCAAAGAAAUUAGAGAAUCCAGAGGUAGGAUACCCAAUGCAUCAAAAAAAAUGGCUGAUAAAUUCCAUAUCGGACCUAAACGUGUUUAUGAAAUAUGGGAUAAUAAAGAACGCCUCCAGCAAGGGGCCAUUCUAUCUCAGCCUGUUUUGGAUGAAAAUUUCAAGACUGAUAAGUCAAAACAGAAUCUUGAAGCGGUACCACCAGUACCAUCUACGUCCACUCCAAUUAUGAAGAUUCCAAAAAAGAAUGGUCAAAAAAAGAAGGUCUCUCUUGAAUUAGAAAUAAGACAAGAAAAAAAUGAGAACAAAGAUGACAUGCUCUCUAAUAAUUUGCUGGAUGUAUCCCAGGAAAAAAG